GACGUCACAGAGCGUUCCCGCCCGGGACUAAGCCGGGGAGCGAGUCCCGGCUACUGCGGGUCCUUGGUCUUCUCCUGCGGAGCGUCCGGCAGCUGAGCGGUGGGAGGGACCUGAGCCGCGGCGCUAGGAUGGGAAACAGUGCCCUUCGCGCUCAUGUGGAAACGGCGCAGAAAACUGGUGUCUUUCAGCUUAAGGACCGAGGGCUGACCGAGUUCCCCGCAGACUUGCAGAAGCUGACGAGCAAUCUCAGAACCAUCGACUUGUCCAACAACAAGAUCGAGAGCCUACCGCCUUUGCUGAUAGGAAAGUUCACUCUGCUGAAGAGCCUCUCCCUGAACAACAACAAACUGACUGUUCUGCCUGAUGAGAUAUGCAGUCUGAAAAAACUAGAGACAUUAAGCCUAAACAACAAUCACCUGAGAGAGCUGCCAUCUACCUUUGGGCAACUCUCUGCCCUCAAGACCCUGAGCCUCUCUGGGAACCAACUGGGAGCACUGCCUCCCCAACUUUGUACCCUACGGCACCUGGAUGUGGUGGAUCUCUCUAAGAACCAGAUUCGAAGUAUACCUGACACAGUGGGAGAGCUGCAGGUCAUCGAACUCAACCUCAACCAGAAUCAGAUAUCUCAGAUCUCAGUAAAGAUAUCUUGUUGUCCACGCCUUAAAAUUCUUCGCCUGGAAGAGAAUUGUCUUGAGCUCAGCAUGCUUCCACAGAGCAUCCUCAGUGAUUCCCAGAUCUGUCUGCUUGCUGUGGAAGGCAAUCUUUUUGAAAUAAAGAAACUUCGAGAACUGGAAGGCUAUGAUAAGUACAUGGAGAGGUUCACAGCCACCAAGAAGAAGUUUGCAUGAAGUUCUCCAGGACUAUGGAAACCUUUACAGCAUACUGAUUUAGAAGCUCUGUUGGAAUGUGGCUGAAUCAGAGCCUCCUGUCAGGGGUAUCUACAGUAAGGAGAUGAUACUCCAGGAGAUAAUAUUUCACUCAAUGAUCUUUUUUCUUUCAGGGUUCUUCUCAAAUAAGCUAAAAGAAAAAGGAUCAGGAGACAGGAAAAGUCUUCCAUUUUAAGCCACGAGUGGGGCAAUAGACAAGGUUGAUCUUCAAAACCAUCAUUAGUUUGGCUUUAAGAAACCAGUAGCUAACUGCUAUUUAUAUGGUGAGGGGGUGCUGCCUGGUAACAGAAUAGCUUCACACCACAGCUUGAGAUUUUGUUUAGUUUCAAUGUGUGAGCUUUCAUAAAGUCAGUUGCCAUUCCAUCUCUGUGUUAACACUUCAUAUUUUUAUGAAAUUCAAAUAAUUUGUGAGAGGCUGGCAUGGAUCUCAGGAUUUAUUAUUUUUAUUCUAGUCCAUCAGUUCAAUCACAGUUUUUAUACUAUGACUUUAGGAUGGAUAUAAUAAAUAUGUGACUGUUUGUCUUGAUUAAAAGUACACUUUGGGCCAGGCAUGGUGGCUCAUGCCUGUAAUCCCAGCACUUUGGGAGGCCAAGGCAGGUGGCUCACUUGAGGCCAGGGGUUCAAGAUUAGUGUGGGCAACAUGAUGAAACCCCAUCUCUACUAAAAAUACAAAAAUUAGCCGGGUGUGGUGGUGCAUGCUUGUAAUCCCACCUACUUGGGAGGCUGAGACAGGAGAAUCGCUUGAAUCCAGGAGGUGGAGGUUGCAGUGAGAUGAGAUUGUGCCACUGCACUCCAGUGUCGGGGACAGAGUGAUACUCCGUCUCAAAUUUAAAAAAUUAAAAAAUAAUUUUUUUUAAGUGUGCUUUGUUGGCUGGGUACGGUGGCUCAUGCCUGUAAUCCCAGAACUUUGGGAGCCCAAGGCGAGUGGAUCAUGAGGUCAGGAGUUUGAGACCAGCCUGGUAAACACAGUGAAACCCCAUGUCUAUGAAAAAUACAAAAAUUGUCCUGGCAUGGUAGCAUGCGCUUGUAAUCCCAGUUACUCAGGAGGCUGAGGCAGGAGAAUUGCUUGAACCCAGGAGCCAGUGGUUGCAGUAAGCCGACAUUGCGCCAUUGCACGCCAGCUCUGGGCAACAGAGCAAGACUAUCUCCAGAAAAGAAAAAAAAAAAUGUGCACUUUGUCAAGAGAAGCACCAAUAGACCUCCAAAAAAUGCUCUCCAAGGCUGCAGUAGCAAAUUCUUUACUAUUGCAGGUGCCUUAUUGGUAGAGGACUCUGAAGAGCUAAAACUGUAUAUGCAACCCUUGUAAGAUAAAAGAGGUUUUAAUAAUCAAGCUUUUGCAGAAGAUUAGUUAGAAAUAAUGUCUAAUUUCUGAUAACCUUUCCCUUUUUGUAUUUAUAACUCUGCUAACCAAAUUACCUACCAAUAAACCAUUACUAUAAUAUUUUAAAACAACCUGUGUUUAUCAAGCUUAAUCUCUGAGUGAGAGAAUAUACUAAAUAAAGAAUUCUUAAUUUUUAAUGAUCUUUGGCUGGAAACCUUCUUUAAAGGUUAAUCCUUUAAAGAAGGAGGACAGGAGAACUUUAACCUAUAAAUGGAUUAGGAAGACAUGUUUCAUGCUCAUGUUCAUUGUGUAAGUUGUGAAAUACCUUCAUGUGACAUAAACAUUUUGUGGUACUAGAACUAUGCUUAUUAAGAGAGUCUGAAGGUACAAAGGUAGAGGAUUUCAGGUUGUCAUUACCUUGAACAUUUAGAAAGCUACCAUUUUGGUCAUUUUCUGGUUUUAUCUUAGCUACAAAGCUAUUACUAACUAUAUAUCAACAGUUCUCAAUAAUGAUUAAACCUAGGUUAUCCAUUAAGUCAAUAAAUCACACAAACCUACUAUUUAAUCUCU